UGAACCCCUAACGUUAGGUUAGUGGGUGUAGUCGAUGUCAGCGCCCCCAACACCUAUAAAAGCUGUUAACAUCAAAUGGAACCAGUGUUGACCCACACAAUUAUGAAAAUGUUUAUUAUGUAAUGGAGUGCAUGAUUGUACGUUGCAGGCAGCCCCGCUAACCGAUUGCCACUGAUAUUGGAAGCGUGAGAAGCAGCGUUAACGCAAAUAUAGUGAAGACGUUAUCUUAUCUUUGGUAUUGUUAUGAUGAAGUGAAGCAGUUCGUAUGGUUUCAUCGACUUUUGAAGUAUUUCGUUCAUAGCUUUAAGUUCCCAUCCCAGAUCUUUAGAAUAAAUUUGAUUUUUCUAUUGUGCACUUUAAUUUAAAAAAUCUUCCAUUCCUUUAAUUUAAUGUUAAAAAUGUCUUUAAAAUAAAUAUCAUAAAGUAAGUCAAAUAAUAAAAUUAUACCAUUGAUGGUAUAACCUUUAUUUAAAUAAUUGUGCUGCCAAGUCUAAAACAUCAAAGUAAAAGAUAUUGAACGUAUGCGUUGAAACGUCUGAUACAUUUUCUUGUUCCUCAAACGCAGGCGGUCGUUUCUUUCUCCAAUUCCUAGCUUGUUGCGUCUAAAAGUCAAGUGUUAUCGUUAGUUCAGUAAAAAUCUCACGAUCACUUGUCAAAACAGCCAGUUAUCUACAUGUGGCACUGUUACAUUUUAAAGGUGGUUGGAUUUCAUUUUGACUUCAAGAAAAUAAGGUAUUUAAAGGUUAAAGACUAGCACUACAGUAUAAAUACAUAGACGUUACUUUUAAAGAAAAAAUCUAUUAAGUAAUACGUUAUAGUUCACCCAACAAUUCUUGUUAUUAUUGUCUUUUGCAUUAAAACUUACUGAGAACUUAAUUAGGCAUUAAUUCUCAGGGAUUAUCCUUCAUUGAUGACUUUUUCGUUUUAAAAUAUCUACAGGAUGUAAAAAAUAACAAAAUUCAACAUUAAAGAUAAUUGGUACAUCUUAAUUUAAAUUCGUAAUUAUAUUUACAACAUAAAAUAAAACUAUAACUUUAUGGGAUUGAGGUGUGCAAAAAAUUGAACGAAAAAAAAAUUAUUACAAAAGCAGUCUCACUAUUGUAAAGGAAUUUGCACACUAUUAUAGUUUUAUUUAUAACGUGAUUAUAUAAUAAAUGAAUUUUAUCUCAAGGUUGGAUUUGCAGUCAUAAUCUUUGAAGAUGGCAAGUGUCCGACCAUUCGUUAACUUAGUGUUGCUAGGAAAAACAGGACAUGGUAAAAGUUCCACUGGGAAUAGCAUUAUAGGCCGAGAAGAAGCAUUUAAACGUUCUGACGCUACAGUGUCAGAGACAAAGAUGUGCACUUUACAAUGUUUUAUGAGAGGGGAUACACUGGUCAGAGUUGUUGAUACUCCUGGUCUUUUAGACACACAAGAGCCAACCGAAUCCACACUCUCGGAAAUAGGUCAAGCAAUGAGCUUAUGUCCAGGAGGUUUUAGUGCCAUAAUUUUUGUCAUGAGGUAUGGUACCAGAUUCACAGAGGAGGAAAAACAAGUUUUUAUCACAUUAAAACAAUACUUUGGCGAAAAUAUACUAAGAGAUUUUGGUGUAAUUGUUAUGACCCAAGGUGACAGUUUUUCCAAUAAUUAUUGUGAAAGCUUUACAUUCCAAGAAUGGCUCAAUGACCAGAAGGAAAAAGAUGGGGAAUCCCCGUUUGUUCAACUACUAAACGAAUGCAACAACAGAUGUGUCUUGUUCUACAACCGUGGACCAAUGUUUAAACAAUUGAAAGAAGAAAGUGUCAAAGAAAUGUUCGAUCUAAUCCGUGGAGAGAUUCCCAAACCUUACACAAGUGAACAUUUCCAACACGCCAAAACUGCUAGAGAAACUUUAAUCAAAAACUUACGAGCACCUGCGUUGUGUGCUGAGAUUCAAGAAAAGCUGAGUCUGUUGGUGGAUCAACUCAAUAGGGAUAUGAGAAACAACGUGGUGUCCUAUGAUGCCAUGACAUCUAAUAUUAAAGAGAUAGAAUGGGAACUGGUCAAGCUUAACGAUAAGUCCAAAGAAUUUCAGUCCUUUAAAAGACAAAUUGAUGGACUGACAGAAAAUAUAAAACAAAUGAGAGAAACAGAGGAUGAAGAGAAACAAAGACAACAGCAGGAACAGAUGAUAAAAGACCUGGAAACGAUGAAAAAUUUCCCAGGCUUUGUUCAGUUCUCAGCCGCUAAAUUUGUGUUAGGGUUCACAAAAGUGUUUACCACCGUAUGUAAUUAUGCUACUGUUGGUCAAUUUCAGGAUACUUUUGAAAUAAUUAAUGAUAGAAUAGAAAAGUAUCUGAAUGAAGUAAAUGAAAACUAUGAAAAGUAUAUGGACAUUCUAAAUCGAGCAACACUUGAAAACCUUCCUGAAAUAAUGUAUCAUCUUUUUUAAAAAUGUAAUUUAUGAAAAAGCACAUUGGUUGUAUUUGUUUCUAAUUAUCUCUGCAAACGUCUGCAGAUAUUUUAAUGUUUGGGUAUUUUCGAUGUUAUUUUGGAUUUGAAUAUUCCUG